AUGCCGCGACUGUUUCGUAGCAGACGUGUAAAAUUAGAUCUCGCCCUGAUGAGUGUUACUCCUCCAGAUGCCUUUGGAUUUUGCUCACUUGGUCCAAGUGUGGAUAUUACUCGUGUUGCCGCUGAAUGUGCUCAGUAUCUCGUGGGUAAGCUCCUACCAGUCAGUAGAGCUUUUUCAGCUCAGAUAAAUCCUAGAUUACCAGUUACCUAUGGGGAGGCCCAUAUACAUAUCAGUCAUUUUGAUUCAGUUAUUCAUGUGGAUGUCCCUUGCCACUGCUUGAAGACGCGGCCAAUUUCGAAAGCUGAGGAGAAGAUCGGUGCACUAAUUGCUGAGAAUUUAGUUGACAAUGGCUCAACCCUACAAACAGGUAUCGGAGCGAUUCCAGACUCAGUGUUAUCUAAACUUACAAAUCACAAAGAUUUAGGAGUUCAUACCGAAAUGUUUUCAGAUGGAGUUGUAAAAUUAGUUGAAUGUGGUGCUGUAACGAAUACCAAGAAAAAAAUUCGCCCAGGAAAAAUAAUAACAAGCUUUGUUAUAGGAACAGAGAAACUUUUCAAAUUUAUAAAUGCAAAUCCAUCAAUUGAUUUCUGUGAAUCGACUUGGGUAAAUGUGCCAUCUAUAAUAGCACAGAACCCAAAACCAGUGGCAAUCAAUUCUUGCAUUGAAGUUGACAUAACUGGUCAGAUUGUUUCAGAUUCCAUCGGCAAAAAUUUCUACUCAGGAUUCGGUGGUCAAAUUGAUUUCAUUCGUGGAGCUUCAAUAGCUGAAGAUGGUUUAGGAAAGCCAAUAAUUGCUCUGACAUCUACAACGAAUAAAGGAGCAAGUAAAAUCUCUCCAUUUAUUAAGCAAGGUGCUGGUGUUGUGACAACUAGAGCUCAUGUACACUAUGUUGUAACAGAAUAUGGUAUUGCUGAUUUAUUUGGACGUAACGUGAGACAACGUGCACAUGCCCUUAUUAAGAUAGCACAUCCAGAUCAUAGAGAAUCUUUAGAAAAGGCUGCAUUUGAACAACUCAAAGUGAUGCCAUCGCCCGAAUAA